AUGAUCGGCGCCGGCCGCGGCAGGCGACGGGGACGGGCACCGGCGUCCCUGCCCACGAGCGCCGCUUCCCGCCGGAGCAAGCACUCCAUCUCCUGUUGGUAUUGUGACUGCAAGAUAUAUGCCUUAAAUGACACACUCUUCAAUUUGGGGUGGAAGUAUGCUAGAUAUAUGAGAGCAUGGUUUUCUGUAGGUGUUUAUCUCUCCCUCAUUGCUUUAGUGAGUAUAUCCUUGAUGCUACUGUGGGAGUCAAUUGGUGUGUGUUAUUUCAGGAGUGGAUCCCUUAGUGCCUGGUUACAGAACCUACUGACUUCAGGUCUCAACAUAUCUAUUGUGGACACCGCAAUCAUCAUAAUGUCAACAAUCAUGUCUAUUGCUUUUCAUGAAUUUGGACAUGCCAUUGCAGCUGCAAGUGAGGGACUACAGAUUGAGUAUGUCGCCAUAUUUGUCGCUGUAAUUUUUCCUGGGGCAUUUGUUGCUCUGAACUAUGACCUACUACAAAAUCUGCCUCUCUUUUCUAUGCUCCGGAUUUAUUGUGCAGGAAUUUGGCAUAAUGUUAUGCUCUGUACAGCAUGUGUGAUGGUAACAUUAUUACUUCCGGUGAUGUUAUAUCCUCUCUAUGUGAGUGGUGAUGGCCUCAUGGUCAUGGAGAUCCCUGAAAUAUCUCUUAUGUCAGAAUACUUGUCUUCUCAUGAUGUUAUCCUUUCUGUGGAUGGUCUGAAAAUAACAAGAACUGAUGAAUGGAUCAAGAUUCUGAACCAAGGUUCUACAGCAAAAUCUAGUGAUCCUGAGUUCCUUGAAGGCUCUCAUAGAUAUGUUGCCACUAGUUCUGCCAAGGGUUAUUGCGUGCCCGAUUCAUGGAUAGAUGCAAGCAAAAAUCUCUGGCAGAUAAGAGACAAGCUGCCUUGCCCAGAUGAACUGAUAGCUUUUGAAAAAGUUAUCUGUAAUGGCUCAACCAUUUUGACCGAGAAGACUAGCAUAGGUAGUGACCAGAAGGAAGUUGAGGGAAAAUAUUGUUUGAUUGCAAAAGAUGUAGUAAAGCUUAGACGAUGUGGAAACGGAUGGCACACGACUGAAGGUGAUGAAAGUAGUUGUGCAUGUUUUGAGGAUGAGCGCUGCUUGGUACCUGUUCUCACCCCAGGCAUUUCAUGGAUUGAGGUCUCCUAUGCCAGGCCAUACUCUUUGGGAUGUUUGCAAAAAGCAGGAAAUUUGUUAUCAUCACAUACCGCAAAUAGUAACCUUGGACAGAGUCCUUGUGAAGGAUCUUUUGUUUAUGUGGGUGAUCUGUCAUCAUCAGCACGUUCUGUUAGGUUAUCCCACUACCGACCUCGAUGGGCACUUCUACUUUUCAUUGCAGACAUCCCAUAUAUCUUGGAAAAUGGUUUAAGUAGCUUGCUUCAUGCAUCUGCGGCAUUGGCUGUAAUCAAUUGCCUACCGGUGAGUGUUAGUGAAGGAUUCUUCAGUUCCUAUCACCUAAUUGUGACAUUUUUACAUGUCUUUGAUUAUAAGAGGAUAGCCUUAGAAGAAUUUGGUGUCAAUCUUUAG